UAUUGCUUCAGGAUAUUUAAUUUGGCACCACUUCAAAUGAGUUUUAUUAGAAAAUUAGAAUUGCAAAAAAAUUAAAAUAGUGUCGUUAUAUAACCCUAUAACUCGAGUGAAUUUCCAUUUAUGUUAGAUUUUUCGUAGGUGUAGAGGCACCAGCAAGAUGAAUUCGAAUAUCGAGAAAGAAAUUUGCAUGAGCUGUUUCUUCUCAUCCUGUUGGACCACGGCCUUGGUUUAUGGCUGGGAUCCAUUCCGAAUUUGUUCUUGUAAGCGGCCAAUUUACAAACAUACACACCCAAAAUUGACAAAGAUCUACAUUCGAUGCCUUCAGUUUACAUUAUGGCAAUUUACUGUUCUUUUAAUGUGGCAAUCGUUACCAAGUGUAGGUGAAUACGCAUUGUGUCUUGGAUUCUAUGACGUAUUUGAAAACGAUGGUAAAAUAAUGAACAUUUUUCUUGUUCUAUUAUAUCUUGCUUAUUCGAUCACUCUGACCUUUUGCAGCCACAACAAGAUCGAUCUGAUUACAAAACUAAGAAACGAAUGGUUCUAUGAAAGAAUGAUCGUCCAGAAUAAUGCUCUAGUAAGAAAUGUCUCUCUUUCUGUUUCGUUCAUUGUCAUAUUAUUUACGAUUAUUUUUCAAAUUGUCAAUCUGAAUGUUUAUUAUCCGGCAUUUGAAAAAAAGCAAUACUUUCAUUUUGAAGCUCUAAUGUGCACUGUUGAAUUUGGAUUUGUCACGACAAUAAUUAUAGGAGGUGUGGCACAUGCUUUACUAUUGAUUGGUAUGGUCAUAUGUGUUUCUUAUACAGAGUUUGAAGAACUUUGUUCAGAAUUCUGCAUAAUAAGAAGCAGUGACAGAAAUCUAAGAAGAAAAUUACAAGAUUUGAUGAAUCGUCACCAAGAUUUGUGGACUUUUAUAAAUCAGUGGAACACAAAAUUCAGUAUAGUUAGCGGAGUUUUUUAUUUCGGAAUAAUUUGGGGAACGAGCUUUUUGUAUUACGCUUACUUUUAUAUUCAUAUGCACGAGUUUUUAAGAAUUUGGAUUUUCAUGCUGAUGAUUACACUUUCGUUUAUCUGCAUUAUAUGCUGCUGUUUUCUAUGCUGCAUUGCUUUCACGAUGCAAAGCGGAUUUCAAGACAUUCGACGAUUUGUAAAUUGCGAUUUGAAUUUGCGACAAAAGCUAAAAGUAUUGAAUUUCAUCAAAAGAUUUGGAAAAGUCUCCUUGUGUCUGUUGAUUGGAGGUUUCUACAACGUCAAUAAGAGGAUCCCUCUAAAGAUUUCGCCAACCAAACUCCGAAGAAGAAGUUUGUCUGUGGAAAUUGUGGAAAAGAAUUCCGCUGGAAGUCAAAAUUUGAAAUUCAUAGGAGGAUUCACACGGGAGAAAAGCCAUUCUGUUGCCAGUUAUGUGAUAAAAGAUUCAUUCACGCUUCCGAUUUACAAAGGCAUCUGA